CUAAGUAUCACAAAUAUAUACACGGACAAAUUAAUUGAUCAUGUAGAUGUAGUGUUAUCUAAAAACAAAAUAAAUUAUAGUCCACUUAAAUACUGAUUUUGAAAUACCGUCUCAUUUGGGUUUAUAUGCCAUGCGUAAGUUAGCACAGCCAAAAAGUCAAGUUGUCUUCAUUGUAGAUACUAAUAGAAAUAUGUGUUGCUUGUUGCGUAUAUGAUACGAUCAUUCUUAAUCUCCGUAAUUCCUCAUGACAAGCCAUCGGAAAAUCCUGAUUGUUGCCUAUUCCGGGCAAGGCCACAUAAACCCAGCCCUCCGGUUCGCCAACCGCCUCAUCAACAUGGGUGCCCAUGUCACCUUCUGCACCAGUCUUGCCGUCGUUCAACGCGUCGACAAAGAAACAAUCCCUCAUGGCCUAACAUUCGCUCCAUUCUCUGAUGGUCAUGACAACGGGAAACAACCAACUACUCCUUUGCAAAAAUUCAUAUUAGAUUUUGAAACAAAUGGUACUCGUGCCGUUGCAGAUAUCAUCUAUGCAACAUCACAAAGUCAACCAUUUGACUAUGUGGUCUAUACAACUGUGAUACCGUGGGCAGCACGUGUAGCUUAUGCCCACGGUAUCAAAUCUGCUCUCUUGUGGUGCCAAUCAGCUACAGUUUUGGAUCUUUACUACUACUCUUUUAAAGAAUAUCAAAGUUUGAUAUCUAGCAACAAUGACAACCCGACGUUUCCCAUAGAGUUACCUGGAUUGCCAACCCUGACCAUCAAUGAUAUGCCGUCCUUUUUGUUGUCGUCGAACCCAAAGGAACACGAGUUUCUAGUACCAAUAUUGAAAGAUCAUAUUGAUGUACUCGAAAUAGGUCCAACAAUACUUGUUAAUAGUUUUGAUGAACUAGAAUUUGAGUCCAUCAGAGCAACUAAGAAAUUGGAGUUCCAUCCAAUUGGACCGUUAAUCCCAAUUGAAUAUUUGGAUGGAGAAAACACAUCGAAAAUUUCCAUGGGAAUGGAUUUCUUUGACAAGCCAGAGGGUGAAUACAUGGAAUGGUUAAACACAAAACCGAAGUCGUCUGUUGUGUUCGUUUCUUUUGGAACAAUAGCGACUUUUUCCAUGGACCAACUAGAGGAGAUAGCCAAUGGGUUACUGGAAAUUGGGCGACCGUUUUUAUGGGUAAUAAGAGAUGAUGAAAAGGCACGAAGAUUGAGCAAGAUAGAUGAAUUGGAGAAACAAGGGAUGAUAGUGGGAUGGUGUUCUCAAGUGGUGGUAUUGAGCCACCAAGCAAUUGGGUGUUUCGUGAUGCACGGUGGGUGGAAUUCUACGUUGGAGUCAUUGGUGGCUGCGGUUCCUACAGUCGUGUUUCCACAAUGGUCGGAUCAAGGAAACGAUGCAAAGAUGAUUCAAGACGUGUGGAAAACAGGGGUUAAGGUGAGAGUGAGGGAAGGAGAUGGAGUGUUGGAAGGGAAGGAGAUUACGAGGAGUGUCGAAAUGGUGAUGGGAAAUGAAGAGAUGAAGAGAAAUGGCGAGAAAUGGAGUAACUUGGGAAGGAAAGCUCUCGACAAUGGUGGAUCGUCCACCAUUAACCUUCAAGCUUUCCUGGACAAUGCUUGAAACUAUGUUGUACUUUCUCUAUAUGUGUAUAAUAUUGCACCUAUAUCUUGAAAGCCUCUUUGAUUACAAUAA